GACUCAUCAAUCGGCUAGUUAACCCCUAAGCUAAACCCUGUCCGUCCUAUAUAUUCUCUCUCCCGCAAAAUUGCGAAGCAACACCGGAAAAUCCUUAGAAUUUGACAAUGGCUACUACUUCAAAUAGCCAAGCAGUGAAAUCUUUGAAUACAGGCCCUGGUCGACGUCGAUUUACUUUCAAGUCGUUCUCGCAAAGAAUAGAGGAAAUUGACAUUGAUGUAUACCGAAGUCUCAACCCAUUGAAAGCCGAGCCCUCUGAAGGCUCCUCCUUUUUCCGUGACUGUAUCAUAGAAUAUAGAGAAUUGAACACUGCAGAGGAUUUUAUUUCAUUUUAUGAAGAAAUGUUCCCUUUGGUACAAACACUGCCACAAAUUAUAUUGCAAAAGGAAUUGAUACUAUCGUAUCUUCUUUCUAGACUGAAAAUGAAAGGGAGAUUAUCACUUGAACCCAUACUAAGGUUGAUUGCUGCUUUAUCCAGAGAUCUACUGGAAGAUUUUAUACCCUUUCUCCAAAGGAUUGCCGAUUCUUUGACAUCUCUUCUUGAAAGCGGUGCUGAUAGAGAACCAGAAAUCAUUGAGCAGAUUUUCACAUCAUGGUCCUAUAUUUUGAUGUACUUGCAGAAGUAUCUUAUCAGACAAGUUGGUCAUGUCUUAAGCAUUACAGUAAAAUUAAGAUACUACCCCAGGGACUAUGUUCGAGAAUUCAUGGCGGAAUCAGUCUCAUUCUUAUUAAGGAAAACACCCGUUCAGCAUCUAAAACGAGAUAUUAGGAAUGCUAUGCUUGAAGUUGCAGAGGAACCAUCAGAAACAAGAAAAUCGGGAGUCAGUUCAUUACUGUCACAUGUUAUGAGAAUAACUUCGUCAAGAUUACAUUCUAAGACAGAGAUGGUAUUGACGCUACUGUUGAACAGCUCCUUUUUUGAAAAUCAAAGUGUGGAAGGCUCAACCACGAUUCUUGAAGUUUUGAUUCUGACCUUUCAAAGAUUAUAUGCGGAGCUAGAUCCUGAAGGGUUGCAUUCUAUGUGGAAAUGCUUAUGCGACAAAAUAACUGAUUGUGUGGCCAAUGGCAACUCAUUGCACCUUAGUCGGCUUCUGUCUCUUCUUAUAUCCACCAUGCAAAAUGAUCACGCGCAGAAAAUCUCUGAUUACAAGCGAAUGCUUCAACUAGUCGGUCUGCUUCUGCAGACUUCUGUUCUGCCUCAUCUCGCUGUCGAGGUAGUGGACCAAUCAUCAGAAAUCAUUGAUAAAAUUUUGAAGUUGAUGCUUUGCAUUCUUGAUGGUCUCUGCAAUCCAAAUACCAAGAUGGAUUUGAUGGACCUUUCGUCACAGUGGGGGCCAGUAUUUGACUUAAGGAAUCAUAGUUUGCUGAUUUUCAUUAGAGAUCUUCUAUUGAAGGACCCAUGCAUUCUCCGUGUUUUUGGAACUAAUAUAUUAAGUGCAUUCAGUAAUUUAGUAGAAGGUCCAGAAGACGAUGUUAUAAAUUUAUUGCUAAGUUUCUGUGAGAAAAUGGAAGGGCAGAGCUCUGCCUUCUAUGAUGUGAACUCCAGUGAAAAUCUUUCGAGACUUCGUGUCUUUCUUCGUGAAUGUAUCAGUUACUGGAUUGGAGUAAUCUCGAAUGCUAUUAAAGGAUCUAAUGAAAUUCAAGAAAAUAGGUUGCCUGUCCUAUGGGGUGUUAUUGGGUGCUAUCCUCACGUGGCAGGUGCCCAAGAAAAUCCAUCCUUACUGAUGAACUUGAUAAAGGCAAUGGAUGAAUUUCUGAUGACGGAAAUAGAUCAAGGGUGCAUUGCAAGAAGAAACGCUUACCAGAGCCUGAUUGGUGCUGCCUUGCGAUCUUAUCAUAAGUUGGUUUUUAGUAAUAGCACUGUAUAUAACGAACCCGUCAUGAGCAAAUUCUUGGAUCUUGCAAAAAGAUACAAGGCAUCACCUCAGAUCUUAUCUUCUGUGGCCAACAUAUUGGAUUCAGUUUCAGGGUCUAUAAUUCGAACAGAACUUCUAGCUGGAAAGGCGAUAGAUGUGUUAGACAUAUUUGCUGAAAAUCUCUGCCAUGCUCACAAAGAGAUCCGCCUUUCUACCUUGAGAAUAUUGUGCCAUUAUGAGCCUUCAAAUUAUGAGACAUCGAUGAACGAACAUCUUGGUGCUAACAAAAUGAUAGUGGAUGGUUCUGAGGCUUGUCAUGUAGAUGACCAGGGCAAUAAUGUUCUCAAGCUUCUCCAAUCAAUUGAAGAAACACCACUUUCAAUUGCUACAAGCAGGAAAGUCAUUCUAUUGAUAUCCAAGAUACAGAUGGGUCUAUCUGCUGGAAGAGUAGCUGAACAAUAUCUGCCUAUUGUUUUACAUGGAAUCAUUGGCAUCUUUCACAACAGAUUUAGCUAUUUAUGGAACCCAGCCAUGGAGUGCCUUGGUGUUCUCCUAAGCCAAUAUCUUGAGAUACUGUGGGAUAUAUAUGUUAGGCAUCUUGACAAUUGUCAGUCUAUUUUUCUAUCGUCUCACAAACAAUCUGGCAGAGGCAGAGUUGAUACUCAGACUAACCAGUGUAGUGAUUUGGCGGGACAGUUUAAUUCCUUUGUUUUUCCUUCGUUUGAUAGUACGCCAUGUGCCACAGUGCUGUCCCUCUUGAUUCAAUCUUUGCAGAAAAUCCCCUCUAUAGCAGAGUCUCGGAAUCGCCAAAUAAUACCUUUGUUCCUGAAGUUUCUGGGCUACAAUGUUGAUGACCUUUCAAGCGUGACAUCACAUACAAUAGAUCAUAAAGGGAAAGAUUGGAAAGGGGUUCUUAAAGAGUGGUUAAGCCUGUUCAGAUUGUUACCGAAUCCGAAGGCUUUCUAUCUAAGUCGGUUUUUGAAGGAUGUUCUUCAGUUUAGGCUGCUUGAUGAUAAUGAUGCUGAAUUACAGAUGAAGGUACUUGACAGCCUGAUGAACUGGAAAGAUGAAUUUUUAAUCCCAUAUGAUCAGCACCUGAAAAAUUUGAUCAAUACAAAAAAUCUACGGGAGGAACUCACAAAAUGGAGCUUAUCCAGGGAAUCAAACCUCAUUGAUGUGGGGCACAGAACUUAUGUUGUGCCUAUUGCCAUAAGAUUACUAAUGCCAAAAGUGAGAAAACUGAAGACGCUUGCUUCCCAGAAGAAUACAAGUAUACAUCACCGAAGAGCGGUUCUUGGUUUCUUAGCUCAGCUUGAUGUUGACGAGCUUCCUCUUUUCUUUUCCAUAUUAAUAAGACGUCUGCAAACCAUUCCUCAAGGAGUAGAUGUGGCCAGUGGAACAUUUUUUAAUUUACCUGAAAGCUAUAAGAAUGAGUUUGAUACAUCUAGUGUCUUGAGGCAUUUUACCAUGGAUGCCAUAAAAGCCCUAUCUUGGAAAAAGAGAUAUGGUUUUCUGCAUGUGGUAGAAGAUAUUUUAGCAGUUUUUGAUGAAUCACGUGUGACUCCAUUUCUUGAUUUAUUGGCGGGGUACGUUGUCCAGAUAUUGGCAAACUGCACAUCAUCUCUUGAAAGUGCAAAAAGUACUGGAUCUUUUGUGAAUAAUUGCCCUAGCUUCGACAAUGACAUGGCUGAGCAUGUUGAUGAAGCGGAGGAUCUAAUCCAGAUGAGGACAUCUGUGAAGCAGUUCAAGGAAUUGAGAUCCUUAUGCCUCAAGAUCAUUUAUCUCGUUCUUAGUAAAUAUGAGGAUCAUGAUUUUGGCUGUCAAUUUUGGGAUCUGUUCUUUACAUCAGUGAAACCCUUGAUUUCUAGUUUUAAGCAAGAAGGUGCCAGUAGUGAGAAGCCAAGUUCACUCUUCUCUUGCUUUCUUGCUAUGAGUCGGAGCUACAGACUCCUGCCACUGUUAUACAGGGAGAGGAGUCUUGUUCCUGACAUAUUUUCCAUGCUUUCCAUCACGACAGCAUCUGAAUUCAUUGUGAAUUCUGUUUUCAAGUUCAUCAAGAACUUACUGAAGCUCGAUAGCGAACUGGGUGAUGAUGACUGCUCUGUCAAAAACAUAAUGCUUCCUCACCUUGACGUACUUGUUGGAAGCUUGCGGAGUCUUUUUAUGGAUAAUGCAUCUAAGAGGAAACUGGUCAAAUGUCCUGGGAAGAAAGAACUCACUGUCUUUAAACUGUUGGUGAAGUAUGUAAAGGAACCUUCAGCUGCAGGGGCUUUUGUUGAUAUCUUGCUCCCACUUCUGACCCUGAGACCCCAAAGUUCUGAUGCUUAUUUUGCCACUUUGCAAAUCAUUGGACAAGUGGCAAUGGUACUGGGGACAGGAAAUGGUAAGAAAAUUCUCAAUUCAGUUUCCCCACUUCUUAUCUCAGCUGAUCCGGUUGUCCGCGUCGCUAUAUGUGAUGUUCUAGAUGCUCUUGCUGCAAGUGAUUCUUCUGUACUUGUUGUGGCAAAACUUCUUCGUCAGCUGAAUGCAACAUCUGCCAUUGAGAUGGGUGGUCUUGACUAUGACCGAAUAAUCAGUGCUUAUGAAAAGAUUAAUUCAGAUUUUUUCUAUUCUGUUCGAGAAGAGCAUGCAUUGCUCCUUUUAUCACAUUCUAUACAUGACAUGUCAUCCGAAGAAUUGAUUUUAAGGCAAAGUGCAUUUAAAUUAUUUCUUUCCUUCAUUGAGUUUGCUGGUGAAAUAUUAAAUGGAAUGUUGAAGUGUGACCAAGAAAUGUGGUCUGAAGCCAGUAUUCACCGUAUAGUAAAAGAUUUCAUUCUAAAGCAUAUGGGAAAUGCAAUGGUCAAGGGAAGUUCUUGUCAAAAGGUGUGGAUGGAUUUACUUCGAGAAAUGGUGCUGAAGCUUCCAAUGGUGGCAAACCUUAAGUCAUACGAGGCUCUACACAACAGUGACCCGGAACAGGAUUUCUUCAACAACAUUGUUCACUUACAGAAACACAGGAGAGCAAGGGCGCUGUCUCGUUUUAGGGACAUUGUUGGGUCGGGAAAUCUGUCUGAGGUUAUUACCAAUAAAGUUCUCGUUCCGCUCCUUUUCAGUAUGCUGUUGGAUGUACAAAAUGGAAAAGAUGAACAUGUGAAAAGCGCAUGUAUUGAUGCCCUCGCAUCAGUUUCUGGUUGCAUGAAGUGGAAACAAUAUUAUGCUUUGCUAAACAAAUGCUUCAGAGAGAUGACAUCAAAACCAGACAAGCAAAAGCUAUUAUUGCGGCUAAUCAUUGCUAUCCUAGUCCAAUUCCAUUUCUCAGAAGUUCCUUCUGUUUGUGAAGUCAAAGAUUCUGCAUGUGAUGUUCUGGAUCCGUACACCAUUGAAAUGACUUCUUCAAUAACAUUGAGAAAAUGUACGAGCUCUGCUGAACUUCCUGUCAUACAGACGUGUCUGCAGAAGCAUUUACUCCCAAAAAUUCAAAAUUUGUUGAGCUUUGAUUAUGAGAAUGUCAAUGUCAACAUCAGUCUAGUCGCACUGAAGCUUCUAAAAUUGCUGCCUGGUGAAAUUAUGGAUGCACAGCUUCCAAAUAUAAUUCAUCGCAUUUCCAAUUUUCUGAAGAACCGCUUGGAAAGUGUUCGUGAUGAGUCUAGAUCUGCAUUGGCUGCUUGUUUAAAGGAACUUGGGUUGGAGUACUUGCAAUUUAUAGUCAAAGUCUUGAAGGGUAUCUUGAAAAGAGGAUAUGAAUUGCAUGUACUGGGCUACACACUCAAUUUUAUAUUGUCAAAGUUCCUUCUCAAUCCGGUUUGUGGAAAGCUGGACUACUGUUUGGAAGAUCUUCUAUCUGUAAUAGAGAAUGAUAUACUUGGAGAUGUUUCCGAAGAGAAAGAAGUGGAGAAAAUUGCUUCAAAAAUGAAGGAGACUAGAAAGCAAAAGUCUUAUGAAACUCUCGAAUUAAUUGCCCGAAGUAUCACAUUCAAGACCCAUGUUCUGAAACUACUUUCACCUGUUACAGUUCAUCUGCAGAAGCAUCUUACGCAGAAAGUGAAAUGGAAAUUAGAGAAAAUGUUAAAUCACAUAGCUGCCGGUAUUGAACGCAAUCCAUCUGUGAACCAGACUGAACUCAUUAUCUUUACAUAUGGCCUCAUUGAAGAUGGAAUUAGUAACGAGCAUAAUGAAUAUGAAAAUAGCUAUGUUUCAAAGGCAAGUAAACUAGACAGGGAUGAAGAGUGCCGACAACUAAAUAACUCAAAUGGAUUAUUUAGUCAUUUAAUCACGGCAUUUGCUCUUGGGUUGCUGCAGAAUUACAUGAAGAACCUGAAACUUAACAAAGAGGACAAAGACUUACUAUCAAUGCUGGACUCUUGUGUGAGUUUAUUGUGUAAAUGUUUGAGUUCAAAAUAUGAAAGCAUUGCAUCUGCUGCAAUUAGGUGCCUGUCUCCACUAGUGAGGCUUCAUUUGCCAUCCCUUGAAUCCCAAGGUGACAAGAUAAAGAUUUCAUUGUUGGCUAUUGCACAAGGUUCAGUAAAUGCUAACACUCAAUCUAUGGAGUCAUGUAUUAAGUUGUUGACAGUGCUUCUGCGUAGUACUAAAGUUACACUUUCAGCCGAUCAGCUGCAGAUGUUGAUCCACUUUCCAUUGUUUGUUGAUCUUGAAAAAAAUGCCUCAUCUGUUGCCCUUUCACUGUUGAAGGCAGUUGUGCACCGGAAACUUGUAGUUCCUGAGAUAUAUGAUCUCGUUGUGCGGGUUGCCAAUUUGAUGGUAACAAGUCAUUUGGAACCAGUUCGUAAGAAGUGCAGUCAAAUUUUACUCCAGUUUUUGCUUGACUAUCGUCUUUCAGGGAAGCGCUUGCAACAACAUCUUGACUUAUUGCUUGUAAAUUUGAGAUACGAGCAUUCAACUGGGAGAGAAGCCAUCCUUGAAAUGCUGCAUGCUAUAAUAAUGAAAUUUCCAAAAGUAACUCUUGAUAAACAGUCUCAGACAGUAUUUCUGCAUUUGGUAGUUUGCUUGGCAAAUGAUCAGGACAGCAAAGUCCGCUCGAUGGCUGCUGCUGCAAUCAAGUGUCUUAUUACGCAUGUGAGCCUGCAUUCACUUCACACCAUUCUGGAGUAUAGUUUGUCUUGGUAUCAGGGUGAAAAACAGAAACUCUGGGGUGCUGCAGCUCAGGUUCUGGGUUUACUGGUCGAAGUAAUGAGUAACGGUUUCGAAAAACACCUAACUAGUGUACUGCAAGCUAUGAGAAGGAUUUUACAGUUUGCUGUCACUGCUCUUACAUCUGAACAAGAUCUAUCUGAUGGAGCCGUGAUUCCUUGGUGGAAGGAGGCAUAUUAUUCAUUUAUUAUGUUUGAGAAGAUCCUAGAUCAACUCAAAUUUCGUAACUUGUGCUUUGACAGAGAUCUUGAGGAUAUAUGGGAAACUAUCUGUGAGUUCCUAUUGCACCCUCACUUGUGGCUGCGCAAUAUAUCAAAUCGCCUUGUCUCUUUCUACUUUCAAGUGAUUACUGAGACUUGCAACAAGAACAAGGAAAUGCCACCAGAAAUAUUUUUUCUAAUGAGACCAAGCAGACUUUUCUCUAUAGCUGCUUCUCUUUGCUGCCAACUGAAGGUGCCGCUAAUUGAUGAUGCUGCAGGCGAUUUAAUUGUAAAAAAUCUUGUGUUUUCAAUUUGUGGGUUGCAUUCUCUUCUAGUUAAGAAUAAAUAUAUGAAUCUUCCGGAGUUUUGGUCAAACCUUGAACACAAUGAGCAAGACCGUUUUCUUGAAGCUUUUCAUGCUCUUGACUCAAGUAAGGGUAGAAGCUCGCUUUUAUCUAUUACUUCUGGCCUUGUUGUUCAGCAUGAUGCAAAGAAUGAUGAGCAUCAUCAGCAUCUUUUUGUUUCUUAUUUGCUUCAGAGGAUGGGAAAAAUUUCCCUUCAGAUGGAGGCCACACAGAUGAAAAUUGUCUUCAAUUGUUUCAAAUUAGUUUCAUCGGCACUUCUUGACUGCUAUAAAAUGUUAGCACCAGUUGGCAAAGAUGAUUUCCAUGAUUAUGCAUUUCAAAUGCUGUUUCCUUUGUACAAAGUCUGUGAAGGGUUUACUGGAACGGUUAUUUCAGAUGAUGUGAAACAAUUAGCCCAAGAAGUUCGUGACAGCAUAAGAGAUAAAGUAGAUAAACCAGGAUCGCCAAAUUUCGUUCAAAUUUACAAUCAGAUAAGGAAAAUUCUCAAAGGGAAGCGGGAUAAGAGGAAGCACGAAGAAAAAGUAAUGGCUGUGGUAAAUCCGAUGAAAAAUGCUAAGAGGAAGCUGAGAAUUGCAGCUAAGCAUCGGGCCAACAAAAAAAGGAAAAUUAUGACCAUGAAGAUGGGAAAGUGGAUGCGGUAAAGUCUAAGCAGCGCCAUUUUUUUGGUGAAAUUGGCCAACAAACUGCCAAGAAUAACAUUAUGAUUUCAAAAACUGGAGCAUCCGGUGAAAUGCAGCGAGAGGAUUCGACCUGGUAGUGUAUGGGCGGGUACUUGUAUUAAAUUUUACACCUUGACCACAAUGCCAACACACGCAGCUUCAGGUUGCUUGGAGAAGUGACUUCCUCGAAAAUUUUGAUAUCUAUUGCACUGAUUUUAUAUAUUUAACAGGGUACUAUAUGAUGCAAAACUGAUUUCAGUACUGAUGGAGCUAGAUGGCUGACUGGCUCCUUUAUUUUUUGGCCAAGGUUAAACUAUAUGCACUUGUAAAUGUCUCAACUUAUUGGAGUUGUGAGAUUUUCAAUCAUGUGUUCGCACAUACUGUACGUAUAAUCAAUUGUUAAAACCAAUGAGAAAUUUAGCAACAAUGAUUUUUAACAA